UGUUGGUUUUCAUCGAGGAGAGAGUUUGACGACGGUCCUGGAAGAUAAAAGUACUUGUCUGAAAUCUACUAUCAUCUGGUUUUAUAUGAUAAUUCACAUAAAAGGAUUGAUUGAAUGAAUGUCUACUAUCAAUAGACCAUUACAGGGUCUGAGUUUUGGAUGGUAUUAAGACUCCGAGAGUCGAAAGAACGAAGCCAUUUGUCCCUAACCUGAAUUUUCCCUUGAGGGUAGUCGGAGAAGAAAGCCAGCGGAGGGGCCCAGUCACAGGAACUCCGGUGUGCCCUCUAAUUGCGAAAACCACAGCUUUAUCUCGUUUUUAUAGCGACAUAAUAUUGUCAACGGAAUGGCUUGUGGGGCUACUUUGAAAAGGACUAUGGAUUUCGAUCCAUUGAUGAACCAGGCGUCCCCCAAAAGGAGGAGAUGCACCCCAAUGUCUCAAGCUGCCUCAACAUCAUCACCCCAGAAAUAUCUGCGUAUGGAGCCCUCACCAUUUGGAGAAGUGUCGUCCAGACUCACAACCGGUUAGCAACAUUUCAUAGCUACUAGAUAUAAGGCAUGAGUGGGAAUCUAUUAAUGAAAUGUGUUAUUAGGGCACCUUUUGUGAGGCUAGCUAGAUGUGUUCGCUUAGCUAACUAGUUGGCUAGGCAAUGUCAGUCAAAUGCCUGACUAGUAGCUAACGUUACAGUACUGAUAAGCUUGUAAGCACUUCUUGCAUUUGUUGUUGAAACCUGUGACUUAGACACAACUGUUUGCUCAACUAGCUUGCUAACUAACGUAACCUAACAUGGCAGUUAGGAGGCCGGUGAUAAACCUUCAAGCUAAGCUAACUAGCAUAGAUCUUAUUAAUGAGCAUUUGACAUUUAGCCAGACAUUUGGCUGAUAAACACUUCUUGACUUUAACAGCAACAGGAUGAUGGCAUGUAGCCAUAUUGGCAGUAUAUUAGUCGAACAUAGUGGUGUAAAGUACUUUAGUAAAAAUACUUCAAAGUAUUACUUAAGUAGUUUUUUGGGGUUGGUCCAAGUUUGGGAAACCCUGCCCUAGUUUGUGCUUCGGGAUGGGGUUCUCAUUUGCUAGGGAAGUGGCUAGCUAGAGUUUUGUGGCUUUUGUCCUUGAAUUAAGGUGGUAUUGUGGUUAGUUACUUAGUGAAAUAUCAAGACGACUCACAAGGUAUAUUGCUAGAGUAUGUUGUGCAAAUUGUUAUUUGGAAUGAUUGAUUAGCUUGCCCUAACCAAAUCUUGCCCUUGUUUUCCAUUCCAGAGCAAAUCCUGCACAAUAUCAAGCAAGAGUACAAGCGGAUGCAGAAGAGAAGGCACCUGGAGAACAGCUUUCAGCAGACCGAGGGCUGUUGUCCCCUGGAGUCACAACCCCAUAGCUCCAUCAUUAAUGGAUCCAGUCUGCCAGGUAUGUCCAAUCUGCUUUUACUCAGGAAGGACAUCAGGAGGAAUAAAGACACAUCUGAGGGGGUUCAUCAAAUGGAAACCAUUGUUUGCCUCACAACAAUGUUAAUCCCUUUUGUUAACUUGCAGUUGUAUGUCUCUUGGCUUCAUUGAAUGUCAGAAUUUUUUGGCCAAAGUUUCUCAUGUGAUUUUGAGAAUGUUCUCCCUGAUAAUGGAUUCUUAUUCUCUAUACAGGAACAUCUUCUGGUGCCGUCUCCCCAUCAAGAAAAGAGCAACCUCUAUUUACUUUGAGACAGGUUGGGAUGAUCUGUGAACGACUACUCAAAGAGCGAGAGGAGAAGAUAAGGGAAGAAUAUGACGAAAUAUUGACAACAAAACUAGCAGGUUUGUUGGAGAAACUGUUUCUGUGACUGUUUCUGUGACCUUUGUUUCUCUGCAGAAUAUAUAGCACUAUCUAUUUAUUGUCAGACCUUUUUUACUCUCUUUUUGCAGAGCAAUAUGACGCUUUCGUUAAGUUCACUCAUGAUCAGCUAAUGCGGCGAUUUGGAGAGCAACCUGCUAGCUGUGAGUAACAAACUUUUACUCUGUCAGUGCAGUGUUUACCAUAUAUUAAUUUAGCAGCAUCGCACCGCCGCUGCUAAAUUGUUGCCACCACACCCCAAAAAUUUGACUGGGGGAAAUAUAGCGACGCUAAUGAUAAGUAUUUUGGUAGAUGGAAAGACUUUCCCCAAAAUCUUCUCAAUUAAAUGUUAACUAGCUACAAAGUAGCCUAUGCCUACCUGUCAGAAUGACAUCAUGAUUAUUUCCAUCAAUCCAAUAGGCAAUUGUUUUGCAAACGCCAUCACAUGUGCGCUACAGAAACACUGCUAACCAAACAGUGCUAGGUGCAUGCGUCCUUGAAUAAAAGGGUAACCACUAAAAAAAUCUUAAAUGUCUUAGAUGUUUCCCAGACCUCUAAAGUGGUCUCCUGGUGUGGUUUUAGCAUUGCUGUGUACUUAGAACAUCCAAUUGUGUUGUUUUUCUAUAUAGAACGUGUGAAUUUUGAGAGUGAAAACCUGAACAACCCCCCCCCCCCCCCCAUCUGUGACUUUUGCCACCGCUGAAAUAAAAAAAAAUCUAGGGGAAAAACUGCAGUGACAUGCCUCCUCCCUUCUUUAUGAAGACCACUGUCACUUCUGUAUCAUGCUUAAUGUAUUGUGAACUCUGUAUUCAUAGCUGCUCUCUCUCUCUUCCUCUCCAGAUGUUUCCUGAGUGAAACCUCAUGUUUGAUGGAAUACCAAUUUCCCAUUUUAUUAUUGCUUAAAGCUCCCCAUCUGAUUCUCUGCCAACCAUAUUCUCCAGAGACUCAGGGGGUCUAGUUGGACUUGUAGCAGUGCCAUAUCUCCCCUGUGGGAUAAUGCUGCCAUGUUAGCUUCUCUGUGGCAACUACAUUCAUUUCAGCGACUGGUAUUUGUGUUGUGUCCCAAAUGGCACCCAAUUU